UCAUGACCACUAGUCGGCGCUGCUGUUCUGCAGGUGAGCCCUGCAGGUGAGUCCGCGCCCCGCCUCCUCUAGAGUCCUGUUAACAGAGCGGUGGAGAGAACGAGAGAGCUUCGGAAACAGGGGAGGUAUUACCUCGGAAACGAGAAACGAGUGAGAGAGAGGCAGAAACACGGCGCCGAGGAGAGCACUAGAGAAACGGAGAAUGCAGCCGCCACCGAGAAAGGUGAAGGUGACCCAGGAGGUGAAGCUGACCUUUGCUGAACAAGCGGCCAAACUUCAGAGCAAGCAGCAGCAGGAGAGUGAGCUCCUGGAGGAGAUCCGGUCCUUCAGUAAACAGAGAGCUGCCAUUGAGAAGGACUAUGGCCAGGCUCUGCACAGACUGGCCUCCCAGUACAUGAAGAGGGAUGGGCUUCGUGGGAGAGGGGAGCCCAGUGACAGCAGAAGUGUGUUCACGGUGUGGAGGUCCCUGAUUGAAGCCACUGUCCACACCAGCCUGUCCAGAGUCGCUGCGUCCGAGAACUACCGCGCCCUGACCAGCGAGACCACCAGGACCCUGCGAGCGGCCAAGGAGCAGCGCGCCAAGAAGAGCUCGGAGCAGCUGCUAUGUGUGCAGGGUGAGCUGGUGGAGGCGGUGCGGGAGCUCUGCAAGGUGAAGAAGCGCUAUUACCACCUGGAGCGCAUCACUGAGCUUGCCCGGGACAAAUCCAAAAAGAAUGACUAUGGGAUUUUCCAUUUCAGAACAAACCUGCAGAAGUUGAACACAAAGCUGAGCAAUCGGCUGUCUGAGUGCAACCUGCAGCUCACUGAGGCUCGUAACGAGUACCUUCUUACCCUGGCCGCUGUGAACUCACACCAGGAGCACUAUCACAGCAAGGACCUGCCGGCUCUCAUCAAGGACCUGGAUGGGGACCUGUACGAGCGGCUGAGGGAGCACUUCACCCUGCUGAGCCAGACUGAGAUCAACAGCUGUCAGGCGACGCAGAGCGCCUUCCUUGGGGUCCUGCAGGACUCCUGCCAGGUGUCUCGAGAGCACGACCUCCAGCUCUUUCUUCAGGAGAACCCUGUCUUCACCAAGGCACCCGUCUUCCUGUUCCAGGGGGCACCCAGCGACAAGGUGUGCGGUCUGGUCCAUCAGGGCAGUGCCCAGGGUGGGGAAAGCUGUCUGGAGAAGGAGGCGCGGAAAUGGGCGACCAAAGCAGCCAAGGACUAUAAAAUCAAAACCCACGGAGAAAGGGUUCUGCAGACGCUGGAGAAGCGCAGGAAGCUGGUCUCCGAGGACGAGCUGGCAGGCGUGGAGCGGAAGAUGGAGGAGGUGAAGGAGGGCGUCCGCAAGGCUGAGGUGAGCCGGGUGAAGGCAGACUCUCGUCUGGCUCUCCUGCGAUUGGCCGGUGUGGAGACGGACUCCUGGGUGACAAGCGCCAUGAGCCAGGCCAACGAGGAGCUGGAGAGCGAGCGGCGGCUGAGCGAGGCACGGCUCUCCAACGGAGCCAUCUCCCCCCUGGAGGAUGAGUUUGAUUUCGAGGAUUUUGACGACGAUGAGAUUUUCACAGAGUCUGCACCGAGCCCCUGCCCCCGCAGCUACCCCCUGCCCUGCCGGGUUCUCUACAGCUACCAGGCCUGCCAAGCAGACGAGCUGUCCAUCACGGAGGACGAGGAGCUGGAGGUGAUAGAGGACGGAGACAUGGAGGACUGGCUCAAGGCUCGGAAUGCUUCAGGGCAGGUGGGGUACGUGCCCGAGAGGUACCUGCAGUUCCCGAGCCUGUCAGCAGGGGACGCUGUGUCGCAGAGAGUCCCGGGGAGCCCCGUCUCAGGGAGCUCGCUGGGGUCCCAGGGGAGAGGCUCACAGACAUGCACGGGAGGCCUGGCCCGGGCGCUCUACCCGUACUGUGGGCAGAGUGGGGAGGAGCUGUCCUUCCCUGAGGGGGCUGUGAUCCGGCUGCUGCGCUGCGGAGACGUCCAGGUGGACGACGGCUUCUGGGAGGGGGAGCUGAACGGGAGAGUCGGGGUGUUCCCCUCCCUCGUGGUGGAGCUGCUGGGAGAGGAGGAGGAGGAGGAGGAGGAGGAGGAGGAGGGGAAGGAGCUGUUGUCCUCUGGCCCUCCUCCCUUCUCCCCCCCGCUCCCCAUCCUUGGAGCCUCAUCACUGCCAGUCCCGGGGAGUACGCCACCUAGGGGACUGGAGGACAGGCUGCAGGGGACUCCGCUGGGGUUGCUCAGGCGGCCUGACAGCAGAGCAGACAGCGGCAGCAGUGCCCACAGCUCCCCCGAUCACUCCCCUCGGCGGGCCAGGCCGGUACGUGCGCCCCCCCGCCCCCCUGGACAGCGCCCCUCCCCCAGCCCCAGCUCUGACGAGCACUUUGUCUGAGUAGAACCAGCCUGCAUCACUGACUGAGACGUUCCACAGCGCUGCCACACGCUCCGCCUCUCGCUGGGCUGCCACACGUCCGCCUCUAGCUGGGCUGCGUCGCACACACCAUGCCUCUCAUUUCCUGUGUGCGCUAGACAGUCGCUCCCAGCACAACAUCUGCACACUUCUGUUACGUCUCGUAACAACUUGAAACUUGUUGCUGUGUGUUUGUAUCUCCCGUCCACGCAUUCCAACCCUGGAACCACAGAGCUGGAAGAUCUAGAAGAGGAAUUCCGGGGGGGGGGGGGGGGGGUUCUCUUUCUUUAGGAGUUGCAUUUAAUAUAUUGAAAAGCAUAUUCUACUUUAUAUUUAUUAUUAUUAUUCUAAUUAUUAUUAUUCUGGGUUUAUUUUUGUUGUAUGUGAAAUGUUUGACCUCCUGCCUCAAUCAUGCCAGUCCCCUGCAGCUGGGUGUGCAGGUGUAGCUCACUUGGCUGGCACACUUAUCUCGCAGUUUUAUUUAUUUUGUUGGUAUAAAAAACAAGCAAUUGAAAUGCAAACCAACAAAUACUGCUCUACCUGUAUUAUUAUUAUUAUUAUUAUUAUUAUUAUUAUUAUUAUUAUUAUUAUUUUUAAAUAAUUAUUUUAAUUUUGUUUGCAGUUUUUAUUGAAUCCGUUUUUUUCAGUUGCAUGUUUCACCUAUGUGUUGUCAAAGGGCCCGUCUCUUUUCAAAUUGUUACCCGCGGACAUGCCUGUGUACCCCGAUACUGUGAACAGUGGAAGUUGGUUUCCAUUAAGCUUGCUAUGCAGAACCCCGUGUGCCAGUGUGUUUGCAAUGUUCACUUUUAUGGACCCAAUAAAAAUAACAAUCUCA